CAUUUUGAAAACUAUAAGAAACCUAAAGGUCUGGUGAUCAAUGGCCGUAAACAAAUCGUGGAAAAAGAGUAAAUUUUCUUGAUUUCAUAACCAAUUGGCCAAUAUUAUAUGUAUUGUCAGAUAAAUAUAAUUUAAAGGUAAUAAGAAGAGUUCAAUCAGUGAAUUUGAGGAUAGUAGUCUUUAGAAUGGCCGCUUUGAUAAAACUACGCCAUAUGCCCUUAGUGCAAAGAAGCGUUUGGAAUCAUUUCAACAAAGUAAGUCGGAAUAUUUCCACCUCUAAAAAGAACAGCGACACCGCCACAACUGCUUGUGAGACCAAAACAGAAGAUAAGAACUGGGUUAGCUACGGUUUUGACUAUACGAGCAAAGAAGAAGACACUAAUGCCCAUCACGCCACCUUUUUCUUUUCUGUAACAUUAUGUAUUGUUUUUGGUGGUGUCUGUUGGGCCUAUUCUCCCGAUGUACACAUGAGGGACUGGGCUCAGCGUGAAGCAUUUUUGGAAUUAAGACGUCGUGAAAAAGCAGGUCUUCCACCGAUCAGUCCCAACUUUAUUGAUCCCAAACUUAUAAAGCUGCCUGAUGAAUCCGAGUUGUGUGAUGUUGAAAUAAUCAUCUAAAUAUAAUCACUCUAUCCAAUACAUAUGGCAUAUGUAGAAGAAUUCAGUACAUAGUAAAGUUAUGUUAACAGUU